CCUAGCGCAGGUAACUGAGAAAAAAUAGCGAGGAGGAGAAAAACCCUUAGGGCUUGUUAUGGGGUUAGAGUGAAAGAAACCAAGAUUUUUUUCCAACCUUCUUUACCAGUUAAACCAGUAUCUCUGGAUAGAGCACACACAAGUACCGGAUCAGGUAGAGUUGUGGUCGCAAACUCUCUCGUCCUCUCUUCGAAAAUUAUCUCCUUUCCUUCUUCGUUUACUGCAAUUGUAUUUCCAGCUCUUUUGUUUGCUUCUCUUAUCACUUGGAGAAAGGUGAACCCUCGUGUUAUUUUUAUUUGGUCUUUGCUUUUAAUUGUAGUUUUUACCCUUGUGGUCCCUGAUGGCUUCGCACAGUGAUACUCUGGUGGUGUUCUUUGGGGCAACAGCUGGUGCAAAUGGGGGUAAACUGGGUUCGGAUGAGAGGGAAUUAAUUCUCUUGGUGUGGCAAAUUGUGGAUCUACAUGAGAAAAAGGUGGGGAAACUUCAGAGGCGUCUAGUAAAGCCGGACUCAUUGGAUUUAACAGACCAAUGUAAAGAAGAUACUGGUUUGACAGUGGACGAACUGUUGAAGGCCGAACCACUCGACACUGUUCUUCAACAGUUCCAGCAGUCGGUGUCUGCAGAAGUGAAAGCCCUUGGCAGAAGUUCUUACACACUGUGCGUCGACAGCCCUUUGAUAAUACGACAGGUCCUCCAUCCAGAAGCCUCCAAAAAGAAUUUGGUUCUGCCAGAAUGUUUCUACUCCUUCGUCGACCUGAGGAAAGAGUUCCACAAAUGCUGCCCCAACUCGGGCCCAGUACGGGAGCUCACCGUAACCUCCAUGAUGGAAUAUGCCUGCAUACCUGCUGUUACCGAUCAGGAGUCUGGCAUGACAGAGGUGGAGAAUAUGAUGCUGAUCACACUACACAUGCUGGAUGAGCCCUACAGUCACAAGUUCACAGGCUACGAAGCUGUCAAGUACAAGUUUGAAUCUGGAGCAUGCAGCAAAACGGAGGCAGUGGACAGCGAGACUGUGAUCAGGGCCAGAGGGUUGCCAUGGCAGUCUUCUGAUCAGGACAUCGCACGCUUCUUCAAGGGCCUCAACAUUGCCAAGGGUGGAGUGGCUCUGUGUCUGAAUGCGCAGGGCCGGAGGAACGGUGAGGCUCUGGUGCGCUUCAUCAACGUGGAGCACAGAGACAUGGCACUGGAGAGACACAAACACCACAUGGGCAGCCGAUACAUCGAGGUGUACAAAGCGACUGGUGAGGAGUUUCUGAAGAUCGCCGGAGGCACGUCCAACGAGGUGGCCCAGUUCCUGUCUAAGGAGGGCCAGGUGAUCAUCCGCAUGCGGGGGCUGCCCUUCACCGCCACCCCCCAGGACGUGCUGGGCUUCCUGGGGCAAGAGAGCCCCGUAACGGAUGGCAGUGAGGGGCUCCUGUUCGUCAAGUACCCCGACGGCCGGCCCACUGGAGACGCCUUCGUGCUGUUCUCCUGCGAGGAGUACGCCCAGAACGCCCUGAAGAAGCACAAGCAGAUCCUGGGCAAGAGAUACAUCGAGCUGUUCCGAAGCACCGCCGCCGAGGUGCAACAGGUUUUGAACCGCUACAUGUCCACUCCUCUGAUCUCCACACUGCCGCCCACCCCCAUGGUGUCGGUCCCGGUGCCUGUGCUGGCCACGCCCCCCUUCCUGGCCACGGGCAGCACACGUGACUGCGUCCGGCUGCGGGGCCUGCCCUACACGGCGGCCAUCGAGGACAUCCUGGAGUUCAUGGGGGAGCACACGGUCGACAUCAAGCCCCACGGCGUCCACAUGGUGCUCAACCAGCAGGGUCGUCCCUCGGGUGAUGCCUUCAUCCAGAUGAAGUCUGCGGACAGGGCCUUCAUGGUGUCCCAGAAGUGCCACAAGAAGAUGAUGAAGGAUCGCUACGUGGAGGUCUUCCAGUGCUCCACAGAGGAGAUGAGCUACGUGCUGAUGGGGGGAACCCUCAACCGCAGCGGCCUGUCGCCCCCACCCUGCAAACUGCCCUGUCUGUCUCCCCCGACGUACGCCGCCUUCGCCACCCCUUCUGCCAUCCUGCCCUCUGAGGCGGCCCUGUACCAGCCCCCCCUACUGGCCACUCCCAGAACUCCUCAGCCAUCCCCCCACUCGGCCGCCGCUGCCCACUCGGCCGCCGCAGCCCACGCCGCUGCUGCCCACGCCGCUGCUGGCCACGUGCCCACCCUGGCAUACUACCCUCCCCAGCCCCACGCACAGCUCUACAUGAACAUGAACAUGAACUACACCGCAUACUACCCCAGUCCGCCCGUGUCCCCCUCCACAGUGGGCUACUUUGCGGCGGCGCACCCUAGCUCGGUGGCGGCGGCGGCGGUGGCGGCCCAGCCCUCCCCCGCGAUGCUGCAGCACGCCCACGCCGGCACUCAGCACGGGGCCCUGGUGCGCAUGCAGGGACUCCCCUACAACGCCGGAGUCAAGGACAUCCUCAGCUUCUUCCAGGGAUACCAGCUGAGUGCGGACGCCGUCCUGGUGCUUUACAACCUGGCGGGGCAGCGCAGUGGCGAGGCUCUGGUGACCUUCCCCAGCAAGGAGGCGGCCAGGCAGGCGGUGGCUGAGCGCUCCAACCACAACCUCUACGGCCACCCCGUACGCCUGCUCUGCUGCAAGUGACCAGCAGGGGGACACACUGAGGGACAGGGAGAGGGAGCGAGGGAGGGGGGUGAACCAGGAAAAACAAAAGUUGGAAAAAAAGUGAAAAAACAAAAAAAGAGGACUUUCAUCUCACCACUUCACUCCUCCUCACACUGACUGGUUUAUUAUUUAGAUUUUUAUUUUUGUUUGGAUCAGCGAUAACCAGCGCCUCCCUUUUUUCUUUUCCUCCUCGACCCCCUCCUCUUUCUCCUCCUUUCUCUCUUCUGUUGUUUUUGUCCUGGAGGGCAGCCAAUGUGCUACAUGUAUAAACUCUUGUGUACAUAUUGUAUUUAUAUAAUACAGAUUAAAAAAACGUGUCUUUAGAAGUUUUGCUCUAAGUGCCUGGAACAUGCGUGCAUGUGUAAUGUGUGUGUGACAAGAGAGUAAGGGUGAACAUGCAGGUGCGUGUGUGAACUUGUGAGCAUGGUUUUCACUGUAACAGUCAAGGAAAAAAAAAACACCAAGUGUGCAUGGAGACUUGGAAGCCCCUCCAUGUGAUGGGGAUUUUGAUUUAGUUUUUUUUUUGUUCGUUUUUUUUUCCGGCUGAACAAAGUGCUGCAUUUACAACAAGGAAAGCUCUUCCUAUUGAAGACCUCAUGUCUCUGCAUGUCCCUGUGUAUGAUGAUGAUGAUUGAUUUUUGUUUGUGUUUCCCCUUACUUUAUAAAGCUGGCAUGCCAAGGCUGUUGCAAUAUU